CAAAGCCCUAAUUUGCCCAGUCUACUGAAAUCAAAACUCCAGCAUUUGGAAUCCCGGUCUUUCAGUAUCGCGUUUUUGACGUUACAAUCAGAACCGGCGUCGGAGAUCGCCGGAAGCCAGAGUUGCGGACUCUCUCAGACGCAGAAUCGAUGAGCGUUGGCAACUUGAAGAAGGUGCUGGCUGAAGCAGCCAUUAAAGGAGUGACGGAGGCAAGGGCGAGGAUAUUUGGUCAUGUUCUUAACCCUACGGGGCAGAGAUCUCCGCACAAGAUUUUACGCAAGAAGCUUAUCGGCGAGAAAGUUGCGCAGUGGUACCCGUAUGAUAUCAACGAGGAUGACCCCCUUGUCAUGGCCCGACAAGAACAAGAGCGCUUAUCCAAGCUUGAGAUGUUGAAGCGUCGUGGAAAGGGACCUCCCAAGAAGGGCCAAGGGAAGCGUGCAUCCAAACGGAAGUAGAUCAUCCGUGGCAAUAGCAUUGAAACAUAAGUGAGUUGAAUUUUGGUAGAACACAAUGGUUACCAGUUGCUUGACAUAACAUUUGUUGAACUUCAUUGCCUUCCCUUUUAGCUAAUUAUUCAACGCCUGGUGAACUUUAAAAAUCAGAUGGAAAUGUGGGCUCAACUGGGCCAAAGUCUAGAAUUAAGUAAAUUUACUGGAUGAAUUUGUUUUAUUAUUCUUAUUAUUUGCUAGGUAA